AUGGCGGACCAGGCAGAGAGCGAGGCUAUCGGGUUCAGCGACAACAGAAUGGCACAGCAGGCGGUGCGCUUCCGUGGCCCUGCAUCUGCACCUGCGCCUGCCCAGACCCCGGUGUUACGUGGCCCACCACCACUCCUAAGGCCACCGCCGCCUCCUUUUGGGAUGAUGAGAGGACCUCCGCCACGACCCCCCUAUGCACGUCCACCCUUUGACCCCAACAUGCCACCCAUCCCACCACCAGGAGGCAUGCCCCCACCUAUUGGACCUCCCCACCUUCAGAGACCCCCGUUCCUCCCCCCUCCCAUGGGUAACCUGCCCCCGCCUCCAGGGAUGUUGUUUCCUCCUGGUAUGCCCCCCGUCCCUGCAUCUGGAAACCCUGCACUUAACCCUGCAGAAGAGAUCUGGGUAGAGAACAAGACGCCAGAAGGAAAGGCAUAUUACUACAACGCCAGGACCAGAGAGUCAUCGUGGAGUAAACCAGAUGGUGUGAAGAUCAUCCAACAGUCUGAACUCAACCCCCUUCUUGGGACCGCAGUGCCGGGUACAGGUGUGGGGGUGACUGCAGCUGCAAGCUCAAGCAGUGUCAACACUACAGCCAGCACGGCAGCAGCAGUCUCCCCUACUCAGGCCCUGUCCACAACCACCUCCCGCACACACACCUCCAGUCCAGACUCCAUUAACACCUCUGCCCCCUCUGUGACCAUCGCAGCCACUGUUGUAGCAGACCUUAACUCUAUUGCCUCAGUGACCUCAACUGUUGCUGUGUCUCCAGUCACUGUGGUGACUGUUUCCACGGUGCCAUCACCUGUUACGGCAGUGCAGACCAUGCCACUGCUGCCUGCAGCCAUGCCUCACAGUGUUGCCCAGACCACUGCAGCCAUACCUGCCUUCCCCCCUGUCAUGGUGCCACCUUUCAGGGUGCCUCUGCCAGGCAUGCACAUCCCUCUACCAGGUGUAGCAAUGAUGCAGAUAGUAGGUGCACCCUGUGUAAAGGCAGGCCCCAGCGCCAACGGUAUGAUCCCUGGUAUGGGCCCGCCUUUAGUUUCCAUGAUGCACCCACAGCUGGCUCUCUCGGCAGCUCCCGCCUCCAUGGCCGGAUCAUUGCAUCUCCCUGAGUGGUCAGAGUACAAAACAGCUGAUGGGAAAACGUACUACUACAACAACCGAACACUGGAGUCCACUUGGGAGAAGCCACACGCCGUGUUGGAGAAAGAAAGAGAAGCAGAGAAGAUCAAGGAGCGUCUGGCCCAGGAAGAAGCUGAGGCAAUGGAGAUGGAGGACGAAGAGAACAAAACAGAGAACACUAACAAUGUCAAGGAGGAGCCUAAAGAAGAGGAGAUGACAGAGGAGGAGAAAGCAGCUCAGAAAGCCAGGCCUGUCGCCACCAACCCCAUCCCCGGCACGCCGUGGUGCGUGGUGUGGACGGGUGACGAACGUGUGUUCUUCUACAACCCGACAACGCGGCUGUCCAUGUGGGACCGGCCGGAGGAGCUGGUUGGUCGAUCUGACGUUGACAAGCACAUUCAGGAGCCUCCGCACAAGAGGGGCCUGGAGGACAGCAAGAAGACAGGCGUCAGUAAGGAAGAGCCAGAAUUAGCCAUUGCUACUGAAGAGAAUCAGGAUGAAGAGCCAACCAAAGCCAAAAAAAGGAAGAAGGAAGAUGUGAAGGAGGCCGAUACAGAGAAGGAAGCAGCGAUGGAGGCAGAGCUCAGAGCUGCCAGAGAAAGAGCUAUAGUGCCGCUAGAGGCUCGGAUGACACAGUUCAGGGAAAUGCUGCUGGAGAGAGGGGUGUCUGCAUUCUCCACUUGGGACAAAGAGCUUCAUAAGAUCGUGUUUGACCCUCGGUACCUUCUGCUCAACCCUAAAGAAAGGAAACAGGUGUUUGAUCAGUAUGUGAAGACACGAGCAGAAGAGGAGAGGAAGGAGAAGAAGAACAAGCUCAUGCAGGCCAAAGACGAGUUCAGGAGGAUGAUGGAGGACGCCAAGCUCACACCCAGGACAACAUUUAGUGAAUUUGCGGUGAAGCAUGGUCGAGACCCCCGAUUUAAGACCAUAGAGAAGAUGAAGGACAGGGAGGCAAUCUUCAUCGAAUUCAUGACUGCUAUGAAGAAGAGAGAGAAAGAAGACUCAAAGUCCAGAGGAGAGAAGGUGAAGCAAGACUUCUACGAUCUAAUAAGUGAGCAGCACAUGGAGGGAGGCCAGCGGUGGAGUAAGGUCAAGGAGAGGCUGGAAACAGACCCUCGGUAUAAGGCUGUGGACAGCUCCGCACUCAGAGAAGAACUUUUCAAACAGUACAUGGAGAAACAGGCAAAGAGCGUGGACAUCGAUAAGGAGCGAGAGCUGGAGCGGCAGGCUCGUAUCGAAGCCAGUCUCAGAGAGAGGGAGCGGGAGGUGCAGAAGGCCCGAUCAGAACAGACCAAAGAGAUCGAUCGAGAGCGGGAGCAGCACAAGAGGGAGGAGGCCAUCCAGCAUUUCAAAGCUCUCAUGUCUGAUAUGGUACGUUCUUCAGAUGCGACGUGGUCAGACACACGCCGUAACCUGCGGAAGGACCAUCGCUGGGAGUCGGCAUCACUCUUGGAGAGAGAAGAGAAGGAGAAGCUGUUUAACGAACACGUAGAAGCACUGGCCAAGAAGAAGAAAGAACAUUUCAGGCAGCUGCUCGACGAAACCAGCAUGAUCACGCUGACGACUACAUGGAAGGAGGUAAAGAAGGUCAUCAAAGAGGACCCUCGCUGUAUUAAGUUCUCCUCCAGUGACAGAAAGAGACAACGGGAGUUUGAAGACUACAUCAAAGACAAGUACAUCACAGCUAAAGCCGACUUCAGAACCCUGUUAAAAGAGACAAAGUUCAUCACAUACAGGUCAAGAAAGCUGAUCCAGGAGUCAGAGCAGCAUCUGAAGGAUGUGGAGAAGAUCCUUCAGAACGACAAGCGCUACCUUGUCCUGGAGUGUGUCCCUGAGGAGCGCAGGAAGCUCAUCAUGUUCUAUAUCGAAGACCUAGACCGCCGUGGCCCACCACCUCCCCCCACAGCUUCCGAGCCCACCCGACGCUCUACAAAGUGACCAACAAAAUCACCUUCUCAGCCGGUGCCCUACUCCUCCUUGCCCUCCUUUGGCCAGAGCAUGACCUCCCCCCAACACCCCCCGAACCCCCUCCUCUAGGCCCACGGCUGGCCUCGCAGUGUUAUCGCUGUGGGUUAUGUUGCUUAGAGAUGUACCAUAGAGAUGAACGGUUAAGAUCUCUGUGUUAUGUCGCCUCUUAGCCCUGAAAUAGCCCAGCAUCUAAGGCAAGAGCAGGGAACAGAGGUUACCUGAUUUCAAGGUGUCCCUUGACCCUUUCACCUCUGACUGACUUCAUUGGAGGGAGAGGGAUAGUGACAUGGCUGCUGCCCGAGCAGCCACAGAGGUGUAAGAUAGCUGAUGUAAAUCAAGUUGAGUAUGUGUGAGAAUGUGUGUGUGUGUGUCUGUGUGUGGUGCGUGCAUGAGCGAGUGUGAGUGCAUGAGUCUGAGGCAUCCUUAAGCCUUACUGCUCCACUGUGCCAGUCAUUGUUUCAGCGGCUCAGUGUGAAUGUUAGUUUAUGCUCAGUGGUUUACUCCGAUGUUGCAGCAGUUUCUCUGUUGAAGUAAAUAAAGGCAACUUCCACUG